AUGGACGAUAUAAUCACGCAAGUUUCUCCAGAUAAUGCAGAGUCCGCUCCGAUUCUACAGGAACAGCAACAACAGCAAAACGCUCAGUAUGAGGGUAACGAGGAGGAUUAUGGUGAUUCAUUAAUUCAUUUGAACAUUCAGGAAAACCAUUACUUUAUCACCAGGGACCAGUUGAUGUCUCUGCCUGAAUCCUUAUUAUUAUGUUUAUUUCCCUCAGGUGUUUUCUUGGACCGUUGUGGUCAGGUCAUCACUAAUUUGACCAGAGACGAUGAAGUCUAUAUUGUUAAUUUCCCACCAGAUUGUUUUGAGUACAUCAUGGAGAUAUAUACAAAGGCACAUGAUGAUUUGCCAUCAAGUAGUUUUGUUUCCAAUGCAAAGGGUUUUUUCGGGCUGAGUAGUAACAACUCAAUUUCAAGCAAUAAUGAGCAAGAUAUUCUACAUCAAAAGCCCGCUAUUAUUGUUUUGAGAGAAGACUUGGAUUAUUAUUGUGUACCUCAGGAGGAAUUCCAGUUUGAUUCGACCAAUGAAGAAAAUAAUGAGGAUUUAUUGCGACAUUUUAUGGCUCAAGUGAAAAUGGCUGCUGGCAGUUAUUUAACUUCAAAGACAUCGAUUUUCCAAGGUUUGUAUUCUUCGAAUAGACUAAAGCAGCAGCAGCAACAGCAGAGAAUUGAAAAAGAGGCUAAUUCUUCUUCAAAGGCGAAGUCUACCUCGAAAAAAUUGGGACCUGCUGAACAACAUCUAAUGGAUAUGUUGUGUUCCUCCGGAUUUACGAAGGAAACUUGUUGGGGUAACAGAACUCAAGAAACUGGCAAAACAGUCAUAAGUUCACUAUCUCUUUGUCGAUUGGCUAACGAGACCACUGAAGGGUUUAGGCAAAAAUUCAGCGAGGCAAAGGCUAAGUGGGAGGCAGAGCACAAGCCCUCUCAAGACACCUUUAUCACCCCAAUGCAAUCCAAUAUAUCGGUUAACUCUUUAUCUGCAAGUAAAUCUAAUAGCACCAUUUCCACAGCUAGGAAUUUUACAAGUGGAAGUACAGUACCUGCUACAGCGCGUGACAAGAGAAAAUCAAGGCUGUCGAAACUAGCAGAUAACGUUCGUUCUCAUUCCUCCUCAAGACAUAGUUCGCAGACCAGAAGUAAACCGCCGGAAUUGCCCAAAUUGUAUGAUCUAGUGCCAAAACCUAAUAUCAACGCAAAGCUGUUAUUGUUUUGGAGAAAGCCAGCCCGUAAAUGUUGGUGGGGUGAAGAAGACAUUGAGCUAGAAGUGGAGGUUUUUGGCUCUUGGAAAGAUGAAUCAAAGAAAAUCAUUGAGUUGGUUUUGCCAACAAACGUGGACCCUGAAGCUGAACUACAUAAAAUCAUUGUACCCGUCCGAUUACAUAUUCGUAGAGUUUGGACUUUAGAGUUGAGUGUUAUUGGGGUGCAGUGA